UCGUCCAACACGACAAAACAUGUUCAUACUCUUUAGAAAACAUCUCUUCUCCUUCUCUCUUAUUAUCAUAUACUUAACCAAUAUUACCACCUUAGCUCAACCACCACCUUUCUUCCACCACAUAUGUCAAAACUCAGCAACCUACACCAUAAACAGCCCAUACCAAAGAAAUCUCGACACCGCACUCUCCGCCCUCCCCACCACCAACUCCGGCUUCGGCUACUUCAACUUCACUACCGGCCAACUCAAUGACAAAGUCAUCUCGUUCGCUCUGUGUCGUGGUGAUCUCGAACCCGCUUUGUGCACAAACUGUGUGAAUGACUCCAUCAUUAAGUUAAGAGAACUAUGCCCAAACCAAACAGAAGCCAUAGGAUAUUACGAUAAAUGUUUUUUGAAAUACUCCAAUGAGACUAGAAAUACUAAUGAGGUGGCUUUACCUAACCCGCAAAAUACGAGUAAUGUUGAUCGGUUCAAUGGGGAUCUUCGAGAAUUGAUGGACAGGUUGAGAGGUGAGGCGGCUGCUGGCGGUCCACUACUGAAGUUUGUGUUGGCCCCAAAAUGGAUCUUGAUCUCUAGAACGUGAUAACAAACUUGUAUAACUUGAAUAUAUAAACUGAGAAUUUGUACAAUGGAAUGUAAUCUACGAAUUACAAAUGAAACUAUCUAUUCCUAUU